AUGGCCACAGAGGCAGACACCGCAGACACGGCCAACCACCGGGUGCAGGAGGCAGAGCGGCCGGGCAUGAGCGGGGUGGUCAACGACGAGCUGGAGGAGGUGAUGCCUGUCGCGGGCAUCGUGUACCAGCGACUGGACGUGAUGAUGGAGCAACUGUGUGCCCCGGCUAUCAUGCCGGUCAAGUCGGCCACGCUUGAGAAGCUCGAGGCGCUGACCAAGGAGGCAGAGCUCUCGCUCAACGCCAAGGCGGCCGAGCAGAGUGAGAGCUUUGCGUAG